GGGCGGGGCGGGGCGGGGCGGCGGAGCCCUAAGGCAUCCAGACCACGCGCGGUCGAGCGUGGGGCGAGCGGCUGCGGGCAGAGAGCGCAGCGGCCCGCGAGCUCCGUGCGGAGCGGCCGGCCGGCGCGGGAGCGAAAGGACCUGAAGAUGGAGUAGUAACAAAGGCAUCCCCCAUGAUUCUGAGAACCUUUUGCUGUGGACUCCAGCCCCAGCCAGAGGCUGCAUGUGGAGCUGAAGAAACUGAUCUGCUGCUUUCCUGAGAGCCCCUUUCUCUCCUAAUUCAUGAGCCAGCAGGAUGCGGUCGCUGCGCUUUCAGAACGCCUGCUCAUAGCUGCGUACAAAGGCCAAACAGAGAAUGUGGUUCAGCUCAUCAACAAGGGUGCCAAGGUAGCGGUUACCAAGCAUGGCCGGACCCCCUUGCACCUUGCUGCCAAUAAGGGUCAUCUUUCUGUGGUGCAGAUUUUGCUGAAGGCUGGCUGUGACCUCGAUGUACAAGAUGAUGGGGACCAGACAGCCUUGCACCGAGCCACUGUGGUGGGAAAUACUGAGAUCCUCACAGCGCUUAUCCGGGAGGGAUGUGCCCUGGACAGACAGGACAAGGAUGGGAAUACAGCCCUGCAUGAAGCCGCCUGGCAUGGAUUCAGCCAGUCAGCCAAGCUGCUCGUUAAAGCUGGAGCCAACGUGCUUGCCAGAAACAAGGCAGGGAACACGGCUCUGCACCUGGCCUGCCAGAACAGUCACUCCCAGAGCACUCGCGUCCUCCUGCUGGGCGGCUCCCGGGCUGACCUCAAAAAUAAUGCAGGGGACACGUGCUUGCACGUGGCUGCACGGUAUAACCACUUGUCCGUCAUCAGACUCCUCCUCAGUGCUUUCUGCUCUGUUCAUGAAAAGAACCAGGCUGGAGACACGGCCCUCCAUGUGGCUGCUGCCCUAAAUCACAAGAAGGUAGUUAAAAUCCUGCUGGAAGCUGGUGCUGACACGACCAUUGUGAACAAUGCAGGCCAGACCCCGCUGGAGACUGCCCGCUAUCACGAUAACCCUGAAGUUGCUCUACUCCUCACCAAGGCUCCCCAGAUCUUGCGCUUCAGUCGUGGGCGAAGCCUGAGGAAAAGGAGAGAGAGGCUCAAGGAAGAGAGGAGGGCCCAGUCUGUGCCCAGAGAUGAGGUGGCACAGAGCAAGGGAAGUGUCUCAGCAGGAGACACCCCCAGCAGUGAACAAGCUGUACCCCAAAAAGAGGAAGCUAGAAGAGAUUGCCCACCAGCUUCCCAGGAUCCAAGAAAAGAUGAAAAGAGGCGAAAGUCAAGGCCAGAGGUGUCAGCACUAUCUGACCCCACCCCAGCAGCAGACCAACAGCCUGGACACCAAAAGAACCUGCACAGUCAUCACCACCCCAAAAAGAAGAGCAGACAUCGAUGUUGGUCCCCACCUCCGCCCCACGGGUUCAGGGCGUACCAGCUAUACACACUGUACCGUGGCGAGGAUGGAAAAGUGAUGCAGGCGCCAAUAAAAGGUUGUCGCUGUGAACCUCUAAUCAACAAGCUAGAGAACCAGUUGGAGGCAACUGUGGAGGAGAUAAGAGCUGAGCUGGGAUCGGUGCAGGACAAAGUGAACACAAAGCUGGGCCAGAUGGAGAGCAAGACCCAGCACCAAAUGUGCGUUUUGGAUAAACUGAUGGUGGAGCGGCUGUCAGCCGAGAGAACAGAAUGCCUGAAUCGCCUGCAGCAGCAUGCAGCUACUGAGAAGCAGGAGGGAGAGAAACGUCAGAUGUCUUUGGUGGAUGAACUAAAAGCCUGGUGCAUGUUGAAGAUCCAGAAUCUGGAGCUGAGACUUUCUGGAGAGUCUCGGACCUUUAGAGCUAAAUCCACACCAUCUCCCUCUGACUCCUCUCCAGCUGUAGACCAACCAGUGGUAGCUGCAGAGCCAGGAGCAGCUUCCGACAGCUCCUCUCAGGUUGUGAGACCCAAGGACAAGGCACUCAAUGCCACUGCUGCCCACAGACACCAGCAGGAGCUGCUUCCCUCUGACUGCACAGGCUCCGGGUUAAGAAAGGUCAAGGCCCCAGGUGCUUCCAGGUGUGAUCAGCAGACCGGGUCCUGUGUCAACCGAGGCACUCAAACCAAGAAGUCUGGGAGAAGUGGGCAGAGCAAGCAUCGAGGCCAGCAGCCGACAACCAGCAGCCCCAGUGGGCAGCAGCCAGCAGCAGCACGCAGUGGUGCCCGGGAUGCCUCCCAAGCCCUGGAGCUAACCCAGUAUUUUUUUGAGGCCGUUUCUGCACAGAUGGAAAAGUGGUAUGAACGGAAAAUUGAAGAAGCACGGACCCAAGCCAGUCAGAAAGCUCAGCAAGAUGAGGCCACACUGAAGGAGCACAUCAGAAGUCUGGAGGAGGAGCUCGCCCAGCUGCGGACAAAGGUGCACAAGUGAAGCCCAGACCCUGAGGUGGGCCCAACAGGGGUUCUGGCUUGAUAACAGCAGUGUAACUGUGUCCCAGGAGUUGGUUGUCAUGCACAAGGUGAACUUGCCUUUCAGAAAGUCACUCAUCUGUUGUGGACACAUACUUCCUGUGCUCUCAAGUUACAAGGCUUUCAAUGGUUAAAAUGAAUUCUGGGAAGAUGUUCACAAAAAGCAAGCCACACCAAGAUGAGAAGGUGUGUACCUAAGUCUGCAGCUCAAUGACAUGAAAUACGUCAGAAGCAAAGCAGAUAACUCUCUGGGAACUCCAGUAGUCAUCCAUAUCCAUGUCAACACACCGGCUGUGCCUCGACGGUCCUUCUAGCGGAGCUGGGACUCAGAUGCAGGAAGCCCUUUUUCUCCCAUGUAACUCAAGAUGCUCAUCCUUUAAAGGGGUGACAAUCUUUCAGAUUUUGAGGAAAUAACACUGUAAUGAUAUCUGUGUCCAGUAUGUCUUAAAAUAAGUUUAAGGGUCAUAUAAAUAAGGAGUAAUUGCUGAAUGUCAAAUGAGAAAAGUUUAAAACACUGGUCAGUUACUGUGGUUUUAGCCAAAUAACUGAGCAGAUUAACAUUCACCAAAAACUCCAGCCAGUUACCUUAGAUUACCUUUCUAAAGUCAAAACUUUUGUUCUGUGUUUUGUAAGAAAUAAGGCAAUAUCAGGAAAGUUUAAUUUUGAACUGACUUCACAUUGAAGAACAUCAAGCCAUCAGAAGGCUUUGUUUACUGAGUAAGAUGAACCAGACUGAGGUGGUGACGAUAUCUUGGUUGGACCUUGGAUUUGUCUUCUAAUCCUUUGGAACAUGUAACACAGAUUAUGUCUGUCUCCACAUGAUCCACAUAUGCAUAGAAACUUCUGUUCUCUAAGCCUAAGGACCUAAUACCAACUGUCCAUGUAUUGUAACUAAAAUGCUGUUCAUUGAGCCAAAGAAGUGACCUUUGUGGAGUAGUGUGCAUUAUCCCUUUGUCAAGCCAAGGUCUUCCUUUUUCUUAUAGUGACAAUCCGUGGAUAUAGACACUCCUGUAAGCAUAACAGGGUAGACAUUGUGCGUACAGGAUCUAGUGAGUCCAGUUAUUUCAUGGGACUGCCUGUCCUCAGCCUCUUGGGAGGCGCAGCCCUUUCCCAUUCUCCUUCACUGGAGUCCUGUCCUCAGCUCACUUGCCCCUGAGCCCUGCUAUGACACUACCCUGAAUAAAAUGUUGCCCACUCCUGUAGGAUUGAUCAUUCUUUAUUUAUACCCCAAAUAUUGGGAACUGCCUAAUACUAAGAGAUGAAACCCUGAGUUCAGCAAGUUAUGCUUCAAGCAGGAGUUAUUUCACUAUUAGAAUACUUAUUACCUCAAGAUACCCUUGACGAGAAAUGCAGAAAUCAACUGUAAUUGAACAUCAAGACUAGACCACAGAAUAUCUUGGUGGCAGUACUUUGAUGAUAUACCUCCUACCCAUGGGAAGCAGGCAGCUUAUCACUGUGAAUGGAUGUAUUUGUCAAGUCAUUAAGCAUAAAGACCAGGCUGUUGACUAAGGCCAGUCAGCUCCUUACCCACAGGGUUGACUUCUAAGGAAGUGGUGGUUGGCUUCUUUUGGAAGGCUUUACUGUGUACUCUACACUGGUUUUGAACUCAUGAUCUUCCUGUCUCAGCCACCUGAGUUCUGGGAUUAAAGGAGUGAGCCCCACGGCCUAUCAUGCUUUGUUUGUAACACCAGUGUUACAUUUGUUGCAACUGUUCCUCAGCAUUGUAAGGCACUGACGAUCAGCUGUGUCUUUUCCCCUUGUGCUAUGUGCAAAAACAAGCAAAUAUCCAGCUGUACUUUUACAGAUAAUUGUUCAUACCGUAUACUCUCAUAGGUCAUGUUUCAAACUGAAGCCUAAAGUGUCAACAGCUGUGGAAAAAAUACGUUAUAAAACAGUAGUUGUAUAUUAUCAAUGUCCUUUCUAAAUAACAAGUAAUUGUUAGCACAUCCCUUAGACUGUAUACUGAGUAUCUGUGACAUGUGAAAGUGUUAGUCUAGCUUUUGAUUUGGGGAGUCAAAAAUACAGGUUUUUCAUGUUUAGAUUUGUGUGUACAAGGCAUGUUGUCUAUUUUUUUUAUCACCUUGAACAUGUGUCUCCUAUAAGCAUUAAACGUUGUUUUCAGUUC